GACGGACAGAUGUGCAAAACCCACCUAUCGCCAUUUUGUAGCAACGGAGCGGUCAUUCGGCAGGUACACCUCAGCGUGUCUGGCGACGGUGUCACAUGUUGAGGUGCAUUUGUGCGCGAGCAGCCGUGCAUAAACCUCCGUCAGCUCAUGUGCCCGGGGGGAGGCAGAACAUCAGAGAUCAGGAGAGUGAGCUGUGGUGGGCUGCCAUAAGUCCGCGGAACACCGGCGCUUCUACUUGAGCUUUCAUCCAGCUGUUGUUCCAGCUGUCCCAAACUUUGCCAGGUGGCAUCUCUAAAUGACCGUCAGAGAUGUCAAGGCCCUCAUCCUUCCACUGCUCAAAGUUCCGCCACGUCUUCGGGAAAGCGUCCAGCAGGUGGCGCAGCUACGAUGGCAUUCCCAUCACACGUGGUGUCCACGACAACCACUACUGCUGCGUCAAUCCUUGCUUCAUUGCCAUGGUGACCGAGUGCGGCGGGGGCGGGUCCUUCUUGGUGCUGCCCAUACAUCACACAGGCCGAGUGGACCCUCAGCACCCGAGGGUGUGCGGUCACAGGGCUCAGGUUGUUGACGUCAAGUGGAACCCGUUUGAUGACUGUUGCAUCGCCUCGUGUUCGGAGGACUGCACGGUCAAGAUCUGGGACAUUCCGCUCUGUGGCAUCCAGCGGAAUCUCACCCAGGCCAGGAAGACUCUGAUCGGUCACUCCAGGAGGGUCGGACUUAUCGAGUGGCAUCCGACUGCCGAGAAUCUUCUUCUAAGCUCGGCCUAUGACUACAAGGUCCUCCUCUGGGACGUGUCUCAGGAUGGAGCGGUGCUCAGGCGUCCGGUGCGUGUCGUCAUGGCGCCCGUCUACCACCGUUUCCCGUCGGAGAUGUUGCUGCUGUCCGUCAGCUUCAACCGGGAAGGAAACCGCCUGGCAGUCGCGUCCAAAGACAGACGCGUUCGAGUGCUGGACCCUCGCACAGGAAAGACUCUCCAGGUGUCCUGCAACAAGUCUCACAGGGCCAACAAGGUCAUGUACAUGGGAGGCUUGAAGAUGCUGCUGAGCACCGGUUGCUCUCCAUGGAAUCACAGACAGCUCGUCCUCUGGGAUCCAGACGACUUGUCGGAGCCGCUGUACGAAGAAGAUUUAGAUGGUUCUGCGGGAGUCCUCUUCCCGUUCUUUGAUCCGGACACUGAUAUGCUUUACCUCGCCGGGAAGGGUGAGGGGAGCAUCAGGUACUACGAGCUGAGUUCGGAGAAACCUUACGUCAGCUUUCUGACCGAGUUCAGAUCCCCGCUGCCUCAUAAAGGACUCGCGGUGAUGCCAAAGCGCGGCCUGGAUGUCAACGUCUGCGAGAUUUUCCGAUUCUAUCGUCUGAUCGCCGUCAAAGGUCUGGUGGAACCGUUGUCCAUGAUCGUGCCGCGCAAGAAGUCAGCGACAUUUCACGAGGAUCUCUACCCAAUGACGGCGGGGAACCAGGCCGCCGUGACGGCUCAAGAGUGGCUAGCAGGAAUCAACAGGGCAGGCCCAGUUCUGAUGUCUCUACAUCCUAGCACUCGAGUAGUCAACCCUUACACAGAAAGCCUUGCUGAGAAGAACUGGUACCCCAAAGGCCCGGCCACAAAAGCUGUUCCCCGCUUCAUCGAAAAUAACUUUCUGGAGGAGCAGCUGGCCUACCAGGAUGCCAAAUACCACAGGGAGGUACACAAACUUUCAGGGUGGCAGCCAGAUGAGUCGCAACUGUGGAUGUACGAUGUCACGCCCCACUGCUGUGAGCCCACCGAGAGGCCGCCGCCCACCACUGAGGAUGAGCUCCGCGAGGCGUUCUACAAACAGCAAGAGGAGAUCCGAGGUCUCCGAGAAAUACUCGACCAGAAAGACGUCAGAACACAUGGCUGCCUGCAUGGUAACAAUGAAACAGCUUUGCCCCGCACUAACUCGAGUCUUUUUGUUGCCGACUGACAGGUGAGGAUCACCGAGUUGGAACAGGAAAUCAGACACACAACCACCCGAGCGUAACGUGGUGACAGUCUGACACACAAACCACUUCUAGCUUGUGUACUUCUUUUGUUAAAUUGCUUGAGCAGACAAGGUCCAAGAAAUCAAUCCGGAUACAAUAGAAUAAAGCAAAAUUUCAAGAUUUUAUUUACAAA